UAACCAGAGACAGCGUGAAUGAGAUGGAUUGUAUACGCGAGGCGAAAGAGGUGGACGAGAGCCCAAUCGAAGGCGUUCUUGCUGUUGGAACCGCGGUCUAUGGCUACCGAAAUUUACCAAUGGCCGCAGCUACCAAGAUUCUCUUCAUCGGAGGCACCGGAUACAUCGGAAAGUUCCUAGUCGAAGCAAGUGCUGUCGCCGGCCACCCAACCUUCGCUCUAGUCCGACACUCUACUCUCUCCAACCCUUCAAAAUUACCCAUCAUAGAAAGAUUCAAGGCCUUGGGUGUCAAUCUUGUUCCCGGAGAUCUGUUUGAUCAUGAAAGUUUAGUCAAGGCCAUCAAACAAGUGGAUGUGGUGGUGUGUACGGUAGGUUUCAAGCUGUUAGCUGAUCAAGACAAGAUCAUUUCUGCCAUGAAAGAAGCAGGAAAUGUUAAGAGAUUCGUUCCUUCAGAAUUUGGGAAUGAUGUGGAUCGAGUGAAUACAGUGGAUCCUGCAAAAACUGUGUUCGCUACAAAGGCAAAAAUUCGCAGGGCCAUCGAAGCUGAAGGGAUACCCUACACCUACGUCUGUAACUUCUUCUUUUCUGGUUAUUUCCUUCCGAGCUUGUGCCAGUCCGGUGCCACUGUACCCCCAAGAGAUAAAGUCGUGAUCUUGGGGGAUGGAGAUCCCAAAGCUGUUUUCAACAAGGAGGAAGAUAUUGCGAUUUAUACCAUAAAAGCCGUGGAUGAUCCAAGAACCUUGAACAAAACUCUCUACGUGAAACCGGAGGCUAACAUUUACUCGUUUAAUGAGCUUGUAUCUCUGUGGGAGAAGAAGAUUGGCAAGUCUCUUGAAAGAGUCUACGUUCCUGAGGACCAACUCUUGAAGCUGAUCCAAGAAUCGUCAUAUCCGGAGGUAGUGUUACUGUCAAUAGGACACUCGUGCUUUGUGAAGGGAGAUCAAACAAGGUUUGACAUAGAGCCAUCUUUUGGAGUGGAGGCUUCUCAGCUCUAUCCUGACGUCAAGUUCACCACUGUGGAUGAAUUCCUUCAACAUUUUGUUUGACAUUGCAGCCUUUCAAUUUGCUUCUGAUCUCGUUAAUCAUCUGUCAAACUUUUGUCAGUCUCAAUCUCAUACACACAAAGAUAUUGCCGUACGUGCGCGAGCGCGUGUGAGAUAUAUGUAUGAUACAUCUUUGCGUGUCUCUGUCUGUGCGUGUUAUGCUUUGCAAUUGCUUGCUUAAGAUUAUUUAACAUAAAAUUAUAUGAUGAUGAGGACGGGGCAUUCACAAGUUGUAUAUGGUCCGGUAUGUA